CGACGCUUAUUCUUCAAUCCCGACACAAGCAUCUCAAAUCGCCAUGAAACACGCGAUUGCUAUGGUAUUUGUCUCUUUGACGGCCUUUGUUUUAAUGGCCUCUGCUCAGCUACCCACCACCUGGACCAACCCUUAUUAUUUCUACUCCAACAUCAACACUCCACCAAUCGUGGCUCCCCAAAAGAUCUCGGCCGACGAGACGGAAAUCAAUUCGAAGACAUUCACUAAUUACGACGAUCACAGUAUCCAAAACACAUUAAGCUCUCACGUCGUACUCUUAACAGCAUGCCUGAGAGAUCUCAAAACUACAAAAUCCGAUUUGGCUGAAACGCACACUACCGUCAAAUUUGUAAAGAAGGAAUUGAAAAAUACGAAAGAUGAUUUAACAAACACUAGGCAACGCUUGGAUGAAACGCAUGCUACUGUCGAAGGUUUAAAAAAUGAGUUGAAAGGAAAUUCCCAACUUCUUGCUACUGUUAUGGCCACAUUCGAAACCUUGAAAAAUGAGAUGAAAAACAGCGCUGCUUCUAGCAUCGGUCGAAUGCCCAAAUCUUGUGACGAUCUGCAUAAAAUUGGACACCGGAAAAGCGGAUUUUUUACAGUCAUGGGCAACAAAACGGUUGACAACGUCUACUGUGAUUUCACGAAGCCAACCACCGAUGCGGGUUUUCAAAAAAUGAUUGGCUACUUUGACGUUAAAACGUCACCCAUUCAUUUUUACGCCCAAAGACGGACAUCCUACGGGGCUGUUAAUACCGCUAUUCCAUUAGAAAUACUGAAACUGAACUUGGGAAAUGCAAUGAGUACUUCCGGAAUAUUUGUCGCUCCUAAAUCCGGCAAAUACUCAUUCGCUUUAUCUGGUAUUAGUGAAGGAAAUGCCCUAGCCCGAAUCCAAUUGCAAGUCAAGACUGCCACAGCGGAUUGGACAAAUGUUGGAACAGCGUUCGCAGAAGUCACACUAUAUCAAACAUUUUCGCUGCAAUCCACCCUGGAGCUUGUCAAAGGCAAUCAAAUUCGACUUCUUUUACUAGAAGGAGUACUUUUUGAUAAUGAUUUGCUCUAGACUCAUUUUGUUGGUCGGCUACUCGAAGAAGAUAUCGAACAAUAAGUUCAGAAAUAUCAUAAAUAGAAUGGGUUUUGAUAUUGCAAGACAGCCCACACCCACUGUUUAGUGUUUUCCCACAAAAAUCACCUGGGUUAAUUUUUUAUUGACUUUAAUAUCUAGCUACUGUAGUCUACCUUUCCUUAGUACCUAACACUAUACACCUGUUGAAUAAUAAAAGUUCUUGGAUUCGGAAUUAUAAAAAAUUGCAAAAAGAUGUCAGAAUUGUUA